AAAAAAAUGUGAAAUGUGAAAGAUUGUUUUGGUCCACAAAACCUUGACAACUGAAGCCAUGGCUUGAUCAAAUUCAUGAAACGAGUUGCAGGAAUAAAGAAUAUGACCAUGUGACUUAGUUGACAUCAAAUUAGGUUCUAAAAGGUCACUUACACAAGAUUCCAAUGCAGUCCUUUUUCCUCAAAUCGAAACUUGAGUGAAGAGUGUAAUGGCCAAUAUCAAAACGUACGCAAGGAUCAAGCCUGGUCCAAAACUCUACCCAGAAUACAAGACAAGCAAUGAUACCGUCACCAUCAACACCACCAACGGACGCACUGAUUGGCCAGCGUCGUCAUCGCGGAACAUUCCUAGCGAUGUUUACAAGUUCAGCCAUGUUUUCCCCCAUGAUUCAUCGCAGGAACAGAUAUUUGAUACGGCUGCUAAGGAUACUGUUGAAGCCUUCCUCAACGGCUAUAAUGGUACGAUCUUUGCCUAUGGUCAGACUGGAAGCGGCAAGACAUAUACAAUGGAGGGGACAGCUAGGCUCUAUAGGGACCGGGGCCUCGCACCAAGGGCCAUUUCGAUGAUCUACAACGCGCUGGCUAACCAGAAAGACGCCGAUAACUCCAUCCAUAUGUCCUACCUCGAGAUUUACCAAGAGGUUGGUUACGACUUACUCAACCCGGCUGCCAGGAACAGUUCUGCUGUUACACCCUUUCCAAAGGUGGUUGUGCUCGACUGCAUGGGUGGUUCCUGCCUCGUGAAGAAUCUCUCCAGCCACCUCGCAGCGAGUGAGGCAGUCGCCCAGAGUCUUCUCCUUCAAGGUCAGGCGAAUAGGAAGGUCGCGGAAACACCCAUGAAUCAGAGGUCGUCGCGGUCUCACGCAGUGCUCACUGUGCAGCUGACGUCGCGGAAGACAGGUUCAGAUAUUAUAACAAGAUCGAAGCUCCAUCUGGUGGACCUCGCAGGAUCUGAAAGAGUCGCCAAGACGCGGACCGAGGGUGUCCAGUUGAUGGAGGCGAAAUACAUAAAUCUCUCUCUUCAUCAUUUGGAGGGAGUCAUCAUUGCACUGCAGCACGAGGCUGGUGGGAAAAGUGGUGGUAAAAGUCUUGGACCAUGGACAAAGAACAAACAUUACAAGAGUUACAGUCCUUACAAUAUGCAGUGGAACAGACAGUCUACCUCAUCUUUCUCUAUGACAAGACGCCCGUUUGAUGGCAGUGAUAUCUACCAAACCUCUAAGCAUAUUCCGUACCGGAAUUCUCUGCUGACCAUGGUGCUCAAGGAUAGUUUAGGUGGUAACUGCAUGACUUCCAUGAUUGCUACAUUAAAUCUGGAGUAUUCCAACCUCGGCGAAACGCUAUCAACUUGUAGAUUUGCUCAAAGAGUUGCAUGCAUUACUAAUACCGUCAGGAAAAAUGAGGAGAUUGACGAUAAAUCUCUUAUCAGGCAGCUACAGCGUCGAAUAGGACAACUGGAGGCUGAACUGACUUUGAUUAAGUUAGGACAGGUUUCGGCCAAUUCUGACGAUGCGACUUUAACCAGCUCAAAGUUGACUGAUGAGGAUAAGAUAUUCUGUGAAGACCUAAUGAAGGAUUUCGUUGCGGGUAAAGUGAAAAAUCCUCUGACCCAAGGCGUUUCCACUCCUCAGUUAUUUUGCCAGUGUCUGCGGCACCUCAGGGACCUCAUUGUUAACCACGAGUGUCAGACUAAUCCUAGGAUUACCUCAAGUGCGACAAACACUAAAACUGAGAGACCCGUUUGCCAUCCGUCUGCUAGUACCGGAGAUCUGAAGAGUGUUGUCACAAAGGAGGAAAAACGGGAGAAGAUUGUGAUGACGAAACGACCCGCCUCGAGCGGUAGCGGGCCAAGAGCACAGACAUCUACUGACCGUUUUUCCACAAAAGGGGAAUCUGGUGAACGGCCUCCGUCGGGAAACAGCUCAAGAGGCAAAUACAAGUCCCCUUAUGAAAAGAAGCGUGAAAAAGAAAUCAAGAAGUUGAAUGAUAAAAUUGAGAAAGCGUUGAAUCACCAGCUUGAUGAGGAAAAGAAGAUGCAGGAUUGGAAGAGUCACAUCAAACGUGAACAGUUGGAGAUACUGAUGAAGGAAAUCAGAACAGUUUGCCUCUCAACAUGCCUACAUCCUGAAUCUGGGGACAUGAGGGUGCAGAUUCUGAACAAACAUUUAGGGAGAAUAGCUAUGGUUCUCCUGAUAAGCCUAAUCUUACAUGGUGAUUCUUUCUAUUUCAGCCAUAAAGCUAACCAGACAAGAGAACAGCUCGCCUCUCAACAUGCCUACAUCCUGAAGUUGAAACACGAAGGGGCAGAGUCUGACCUCAUCAAACAGGAGAGGAUUGCUGAGAAACAGUUGAAGAAACGAGAGGCCAAAAUAGAGAGGAGACUUGAUCAUGUCAAGCUCAAGAUUGACCAAGCCGGCUCAUCUGAUGAUAAGGACUGUCCGACUAGCAGUCAGAUGCGACCAAAGUCGGUGGAGGAAAAGUACAGCCAGCUGAUAAAAUCGGAUGGAUCUCUCAAUACGCGUCGAGUUUUGGAGAAGUUACAUAUCGAGGAAAGGAAUCACCACGUGAAAGAAUCCAAUCUCCAACGGCAGAGGAUUAACACCGUUGCUGAAGAGUUGGAACUCCGUGAAGCAGCAACCAGGCAGAAAUUACACGAGUUCAAGGAAAAGUUACGAAUGUUUCGAGAAACUAGGAGCUCACCGGGCAUGUUUAGUUCCACGGACAAGACGUUUAACUCCAGUGGAUAUGAGAGUUUUCAAAUGAGUGGUUUCAGUGGUUUGAACACCACUGACGCAGAUAAGAGCGAGCUUUUGGCCUCGUUUGCAGAGCGGGAAAAUAUCGUGAAGUCAAUUCCUGAACGAUAUCAGAAUGGUGAGAGUUUGAAUGAGAAUGUUGUGUCUGCGUUCAAGCCUUAUAAAGGCAGUGCUAAAAUAGUUCCGAAAUCUGGCUGGUUGGAUGGAAAAUCUGAAAUCAUACAGAAUGACAAAGUUGACAAAACUGGGUGUGUUGAUGCAAAAUCUGAACUCAGGAAUGGACCCUUAGAAAAUGGUGCUGAGGGGUUUGAACUGGAUGGUUCAGGUGAAAUGAAGUUUAACAGAAAUCAAAAUGGCCAGUCUGCUUUAGACUAUGCAUUUAAACACGAAUCUUCAUUCAAGAUGUUUAGUGAAAUGAACAAGGGAAAAUCUCAGAAAGUGACAUCUAGUGCUGAGAAGGAGAACUAUCCGUUUAUAAAGGCUACACUGUGUGAAUGUGAAAGUGGAGAGAGAUCUGAAUUUGCCAGCGGCAGUUUCGACGUGGAAAAGAAGUCGUCGCCGAUAUUUACAAAGCCUCCAUUGCCCAGUAGACAGGAGUCUGUGACGAAUGGUUGGACGAUGGGUCAGGCAAAACAGCAUGCGUCUGCAAGCGACAAAUGGAAUAAUGGUUACUCCCCCGUAUCUUCGAGACCAAGCACUGGUGAUAGGUGGCGCUCCUCAUCAUUGCCACCGAAAUCAAGUGAAAAACACACCGCGAUUACGGAAAAAUGGAACUCUGGGACAACGUCGCGGCCGUCCUCGGGGAAUUCUACGGAGUUUUUGUCGUGUAAUGGUGAUCCUGGAGAAAAAUGGAAUUCAUCGCAUCGCUCGAGCUCUCCAAUAGAUUCUUGGUCUGGCGUCCGCCCGGGGGAUAUUCUACGGAUGAAGAGUGCAUCGCCGAAGGAUUUUGCGCAAAGCUACGACACUGAGGGCCUGUUGGGAAAUGUACCUCUCCUUGUGAAAAGCCACAGCAACGAUGUCAACACUUUUGACGAUGCGGCUUCGAAAUUAUUGAAAGACUUUGCAAAAAUGGAUACAAAAUCUGCCUCUGCCAAAAAAAGUGAUAAGAACUCUAACUGUUCUCAUAAACAUCCUGAAAGGAAAUUAAAACAAAGGUCAAGAUCUGAUAGAAAUGAGAAAAAUAGGAAAAAUUUGAGGGCUUUUGGUGAUUUUCGUGAUCCGUCACCAGCAUCUGAUUCAAAACCACUGUCGUUUCCGGAACCAGCUCGUGACCAAGCAGACGAUACAUAUUUACCAAGUGAGGUCAACACCCGGGGCGACCUUGACCUACGUAAGAUGACCUUGAAGGAUAAAGGCUUUGAUAGUGCGCUGAGUUGCAUGCUGAGUGAUGGGCAUGGUGCGAGUAGGAGGAAACCGUCCCCAGGGGCAAAGGAGACUAAAACAAAGGCUAAAAUGUUUGACGCGCUGCUGAAUUCCGAUGCUAUCGAUGGUGAUCCUCCAAGCCAGAGAAUCCAGGCCUACAAAGAAGAGGAACGGGAGCCGAAAUACAUGGAGAGGGUAAAACACGAGAAGGAACGGGUUGCUAGGAUACGACGGGUCAGGAGUGCCGCGGAGACUAUCCAGGGAUUCUGGCGCCGGUAUCAGGCGAGAAAAUAGGUACUCUUGCCCAUCGGGAGCCCUAACUUGCAUCCACUGGGAGCGUUUGGACUUGUUUGCUGGAGCGUGCAAAUGAAGGCAUGUUUCGUUCUUAAAAAAACAAAAACAAUAUCUGCGGUUCUGUUUUCCUGAACCACCAGUAAAUAUGAAAGACGUACCCCUUUAGGGCAGAAAUAUUGUCAUGCACUUUGCAACCUGGUUAUUAGAGCCACUUGAUUGUUCCUGAUUCAUCACUCAGCUGACACUUUUUAAGUAAAAAAGCUGUAACAUUGGAACUGCUGGGCUCAAUUUUUCUGCUGAAGAGCUACUUGACAUCACUUAACUUGUGCCAUAAUGUUUUGUUGGGUCUGUACAACAAGUUCCAGCAGAGAAACCUUCUGUUGCAAUUUGUUCAAGUUACCCCGUAUUUCAGGCCAGACUUACUGGACUACGAACCAUUCCUCUGUAUAGGCUUGAUUUAGAAGGGCAUUUUCCCGCUGCAAUUGCAACUGGAGGAAAAUUAGGCUUAGCCCCACGGGGUGAGUUUGGCCUCCUUUAAUGAUACUUGUGUUUUCAAGCAACCUCAUCACCGCCAGGGAGCGAAAAGCUUCCUUGGAACAAAGUAGUUAUGGCAUAGGCAUAGGCCAUGCAUAGGUGCUUUAAACUAGCACAGGAGUUGGACAGGUGAAAGCGCUACUACAGUAGAACCUCUCUAUUAAGGACGCCCCCGGGACUGACAAGUGCUGUCCUUAAUAGAGAGGUGUCGUGAUUAGAGAGGUCAAAUUGAAUGGAAACAACCAAUUUGGGAUCAAAACUAGUGUCCUUAAUAGAGAGGUUGUCCUUAAUAGAGAGGUGUCCGCUAAGGGAGGUUCCACUGUAUUAUGACGACCACCUAUGUGAUUAUCUUGGAGAUUUUCUUUUUUUAUGAUUCCUAAUGUUACGUAAAUUAUUUUCCGUUUUUCACUUUAAUAUGCUAUCUGUUUUGUAGUAGAUUUUGGUAGCUAGUUUUUCGUUAUAGGUAUUUUUAUUGAUGAUUUAUGUGUAGAAUGUGAUAUUUAGUCAGAGUUUUUUGUUGUGUUGUGUAGAAUUUUCUCUUCAUAUAUUUUAUUAUUUUCUAGUAGAUCUCAUUUUAAGUGGUGAAUAAUAGGGUAAAUUGUUUAAAAUCGACUGUGUUUUGAAUUGCAUCUAAUCAAAAAUAGUUGUAAUCGUUUGGUGUUUUGAAGAAAGGCCAUUGAUGUAGCCAGAACAUCCAAAAAUACAAUGACCAACAAUUGUCAAUUUUGCCAUCCUUGAGGAUUUUUUUCAGAUUGUAUGCAGUUUGUAUGUACAUGUAAAUGUGAGAUACAUUUACGAUGUAUCUUGUCGUAUUUUCCUUCUAAAGUUCUUCUUACCUUAACUUUAGAGUAGGUCACCUGUAACUGGUAAACAAAAUCAUGUACACGUGUACAGGUGACCUGCUCUAAAGUUGAGGUGGGAAACACUACACGGAUAUUUUUCAUAAAUUUUUAUUCUUGUGUGACAAAAUCCAUGAUAGAUACGAAGGCCAAAAUGACAUUGUCUCAACUUUUGUGACCAAGUACAAUUUUGGAUAAUUUAUGUUAUUUUGAGAGGACUAUCUGACCAGUGACUGAGUACAAUUUUGGAUAAUUUAUGUUAUUUUGAGAGGACUAUCUGACCAGUGACUGAGUACAAUUUUGGAUAAUUUAUGUUAUUUUGAGAGGACUAUCUGACCAGUGACUGAGUACAAUUUUGGAUAAUUUAUGUUAUUUUGAGAGGACUAUCUGACCAGUGACUGAGUACAAUUUUGGAUAAUUUAUGUUAUUUUGAGAGGACUAUCUGACCAGUGACUGAGUACAAUUUUGGAUAAUUCAUGUUAUUUUGAGAGGACUAUCUGACCUGUGACUGAGUACAAUUUUGGAUAAUUCAUGUUAUUUUGAGAGGACUAUCUGACAUGUGACUGAGUACAGUUUUGGAUAAUUCAUGUUAUUUUGAGAGGACUAUGUGACCUGUGACUGAGUACAAUUUUGGAUAAAUUUAUGUUAUUUUGAGAGGACUAUCUGACCAGUGACUGAGUACAGUUUUGGAUAAUUCAUGUUAUUUUGAGAGGACUAUCUGACCAGUGACUGAGUACAGUUUUGGAUAAUUCAUGUUAUUUUGAGAGGACUAUCUGACCAGUGACUGAGUACAGUUUUGGAUAAUUUAUGUUAUUUUGAGAGGACUAUGUGACCAGUGACUGAGUACAGUUUUGGAUAAUUUAUGUUAUUUUGAGAGGACUAUCUGACCAGUGACUGAGUACAAUUUUGGAUAAUUCAUGUUAUUUUGAGAGGACUAGCUGACCAGUGACUGAGUACAAUUUUGGAUAAUACAUGUUAUUUUGAGAGGACUAUCUGACCAGUGACUGAGUACAGUUUUGGAUAAAUUUAUGUUGUUUUGAGAGGACUAUCUGACCAGUGACUGCGUACAGUUUUGGAUAAAUUUAUGUUAUUUUGAGAGGACCAUCUGACCAGUGACUGAGUACAGUUUUGGUUAAAUUUAUGUUAUUUUGACUAUCUGACCUGUGACCGAGUACAGUUUUGGAUGAAUUUAUUCUAUUGUUAGAAGAUGAUCUGACCGCUUCAAUUUUAAUGUUGUUUGUUUUUGUAGGAUUUACAAUCCUGGAUGUAUUUAUUUAACCAAUGCACUUUUUGUAAUAAAAUAUUUUUUAUA